AUGCUUCUAACUUAUCUUAUCAUCCCCUUCUCAAUUUUACAGUGUGUUUCUUCGAAGCAAAUCUAUGAUCCGAAACCAUGCGCAUACAAUGGAUUAUCCCCCGUCUCCCGUUACACUUGCAAUAGCUCCAAGUCAUGCGAAACAUACAUAGUCUACAGAUCACAACAAGGUUUCGAGACAGUAAGGGAGAUCUCCGCGCUAUUCGGGGUGAACCAAGAUCAAAUACUCCUUGAUAACAACAUCACCGACCCGACCAAGAUCCUCGAGACGAACUGCGAGGUCCUAAUUCGUGUCGAAUGCCAUUGUUUGGGCAGUUUCUUUCAAUCCAAUGCAAGCUACUCGAUCCUGAAAGGUGGGACUUACAAGAUUAUUGCUUGUGAUAUAUUUGAAGGCUUGGUCAAGGAACAAACUCUUGCUAAGGAGAACUCAUUUGAUGCAGCAAAUCUUAAGGUAGGUGCGAAGUUAGCAGUGCCUCUUACGUGCGCUUGUCUCGAUUUAAAUGAUACUAGGGAUGGGUUUCAAUACCUUUUAACAUACCCGAUCUUCGAGACUGAUGACACAGAUUUGUUGGCCGAAAAAUUUGGUGUCUCCCCUGUUGAUAUACAGGUACAGAAUAGCUUAGAUCCUAACCUGACCAUUUAUGCUUCUACCACAAUCUUAAUUCCCCUUCGUUCGGUUUCUUCGAUAAAUUUCACCAUUAUAGAUUCAAGUAGCAGAUACCAUGAUCCUAUUCCGAUGAAUUCUACCAAACAAUUUGAGGAAAAGGAUAGCAAGAAGUACUUAGUUGCGAUUAUCCUCGGAAUAGGGGCUUUGUCUUUAUUUCUAGCAAUAGUAGUAUUUGGGUUAUAUUACAGGGGAAAGCAUAAAUGGAUUAACAAGCUUGAUUUAUUAUCAUCUAAUCAGAGCUCGACGCCAUCGUGCUUGUCGCCUGAUUUGGUCGCAGGCGUGGCCAAGUACUCUUUGAUCAGCUAUAGCUUUGGUGAGCUAACUGAAGCUACUAAGGGUUUCAGCGAAGAAACCGAGUUGGGCGCAUAUGUUCAUAAGGGAAGGAUUGGAGAUAGAGAUGUUGUGGUUAAAAAGAUGAGCUCUUUUGAUGCUCAGAGAAUCAUUAGUGUGUACUCCAAGAUCAACCACACUAAUAUCAUAAGUUUGCAAGGUGUUUGUUAUGGAGUAACCGAUCCAUCGUCGCCUACUUCCUUGUCGACGUCAUCGUACCUCGUGUUUGAGUUUGCGAGAAACGGAAGCUUGAGGGACUGUUUGAGAAGCCAUUCAGAAGUGCUUCCCUGGGACAGGAGAAUUCAGAUAGCUUUCGACGUCGCCACGGCGCUUCAUUACAUUCACCACUGCACUGUUACAUCUUACAUCCACAUGAACAUAAGCAGCGAAAACAUACUGAUCACUAAAGAUUGGAGGGCUAAGAUUGCAAAUUUGGGGGUUGGCACUUCCGACGGUUCCGUUUCGACGAAGGUAGAUGUGUUUGGCUUUGGCUUAGUAUUGCUAGAACUCCUAUGCAGUGAAGAGGUAGGAGAUGGCAUCCAUGUAAGGGAGAAGCUGAGGGUUUUGAAUGAGAAAGGAAGUGAUCAGAAUGGUUGUUUUGAGGAGUUGAGAGAGUUCAUGGACCAGUCUCUUGAAGAUUAUCCAAUUGAAGAAGCACUUUGCAUGGUUGUGUUGGCCAUGGCAUGUCUAGAGGACGAGACGACAAAUCGGCCGUCGAUGCAUGACAUCUUGAAGAUAAUCGCGAGGAUAGCAAGAUGA